AUGUUGUUCUGGUCUGUAACAUCAGUGCCUAGUGUGGCCAGAUUCUGCAAUUCCUCGAGCACUCCGGUUUCUCGAUUCCUCUCUUCUUCUCCUUCCCUUCGUCUCCGUUCCUCGAGCAAUUUACUGCCAACGUUAGCCCUAACGGCGGGAGAUUAUUCCGGUGGCGUUUCGUCUUAUCUUGCCUCCACCAUUUGCCACUGCUCUUAUUCUUCUUCUUCUUCUGUGUCGCAAAGUGAGUCAGCACAAGAAAAGACGAGUCCUUUUUGUUUUGAUGCGGCCAUAGACUCGAUGGUCCAGAUCUUCUACUUCUUUAGCGAGCCAAAACCUCUUCAACCCUGGGACAAGAGUGACACUGAGGAAAAAAAAGAUAUCACCAGUGGAUUCGCUGUCUCCGGAAAGAGAAUUCUUGCGGACUCUGGUAUUCUGUCUAAUUAUUCAUCCUGGAGCUUUCGAGUGAGAAAGUUUGGUUCAGCCACUUUCUACGCAGCAAAAGUUGAAGCGGUUGUGCCUGAAUGUUGUUUGGCUACCUUAGUUGUUGAUAGCGAAGAGUUUUGGGAGACUAUGAAACCUUUGGAGCUCGGGGACGAGAUACCCUCCGUAGGAGAAACGGUCUCCGUUUUUGGUUAUGGCUAUGACACCAUUAAGCUUGUACAAGGGACUGUAUCUUCAGUCGAACCUAAAGAAUAUUUUCACGGCACAGCCGAACUAUUGUCGAUAGAACUCAAUAUGGACAGCUGCUACAGUAGUGGUCCGGUGGUAAUGGGAAACAAGAUCGUUGGUUUUCGUCCAGGGAUGGAUGACAUAACGCCAACUUCAGUGAUUAAGCAUGUUCUCAGUAGCCUUGAGGAAAGACUCAUUGGCUCCGGUUCGCUGGAUAUUACGUGGCAAUCCAUGGAGAAUGCGCAACUACGUAGACAUUUUAAAAUGAGUGAUGACAUGACAGGUGUUCUUAUAAACAGAAUGCAUCCACUCUCAAAUGCUCUCAGAGUUUUGAAAGAACACGAUGUCAUUCUUGCAGUUGAAGGCUUUCCUGUCAGUAAUGAUGGAAAAGUUCACUUUCAGAGAAAAGAGUGGCUUGAUCUUAAUCACUUAGUUUCUAUGAAGAAACCGGGUGAAACAGCUUUAGUUAAAAUCUUAAGACAUGGAAAAGAACAUGUGUUCCAUGUCGGUUUAAACUUCACCGUGUUUUUGGAUGACAUCAACAAGGAAUACUCUAGUUUAAAAAAUAUCGAGGUGAAGAAAGUGAACGGAGUGGAAGUGGUGAAUUUGAAGCAUCUAAGUGAGCUCAUAGAAAAUUGCUGCACUGAGGAUUUAAGAUUUGAUUUAGAAGAAGGAUAUGUGAUUGUUCUGAACAACCAAUAUGCUAAAGAAGCAACUCCAUUGAUCUUGGAAAGACAUGGAAUACCAUCGGCCAUCUCCAGUGAUCUUCAGUAA